CUUUGGCUCGCCAUGGCCUUCCAAGAGCCUUUUGACCAAGACAUGGUUGCUGAUCCACAAUCGCAACUGCUCACUUCUUUUACUGGAGGGAACAACAUGCUUGAGGCGACCAAGAAUGACACUUCCUAUAGGUAAGCACUGACUAGCUGGUGGCAAUUUAAUAUUGUCGGUAUGCAUCCUAUUCUUGCCACAGCUAACUCAGUCUUGAACAAAGGUCUUUCGCAGCUGAGGCCGAUGGCACCCAUAAAUACCAUGCAUCAUCCGGCAGCACGAGCUCAUCCGAAGCCAUUAGAUCAGAUUUUCAAAAUGCUUUUCAUCUGAGCAGCGAUGUGCGCAGCCCGCAGACUGCAUUUGACUCCUCUUUUCUUGUUGUUCCUAGCCGAGUUGACACUUCUUCUGAUUGGCCUCAACAGCAGCCCUGUGCAGCCAAUAACGAUGGCCUGGUUUUCAGCUCCUCUGGUCAAGGAUCCAGCCUCGGCCGCAGUCAUCGGCCGCCGCUUGGAAUAGAAACAGACAGGCUGGUACACU